AUGGUGGCAAUGGGAAGGCAGGAAGAGCGAUGCCAAGUCGUUGCAUGCCGGAAGGGGCAGGAUGUGUCCAGCGGCAAGAAAUUUGUCCUGAAGUCUGGCGAUGUUGUACGAAUCGGCCGUAGUGCCGACAAUGAGGUGAUCCUAGAUUAUGAGGGUGUUUCGAAGCACCACGCUGAAAUUUUCAUGCGGCAGAAGCUUCCAGAGGAGGUGAUCCUUGGUUCGGAUCUUCAGUUAGCCGGUCUUCUAUCAAUCCGCGACCUCAACUCAAGGAAUGGCCUCUCCAUUCAUAAAUCGUUGUUGGACCAGGACACGGUCCCGACCAUAGGUUCCUUCGACCGGGUCGUAGCGGGAAAUGUGCAGGCGGUCCAGGAUGGCUGGAGCGUCCUUGUGCCGGCCAAGAGUCGCCACCAAGACAAACAGAUGACUGUGGAGCAGCGUCUCUUGACGCUCUAUGUGAGCUCUGUGAUGGUAGACGUCCCAGUGCCAGUCCCUGUUCGAGAGCCACCACCGGUGCCGGCGCCACGGCCAAAAGCGCCUGCUCCGGUGGCACCUGCUCCGUUCGUACCGCCAGCAGAGGUGGAUGUUGCAAAGGCUCUCAAGCCCAAGAAAAAGAAAAAGCCCAAGGAUGAUGAACGCCCAGCCGUGCGCCCUAAAUCUCGCCCAGAGGGGCUGGCAACAAUUUCCGGCGAGGCAUGGCCACCAGCUCUGCCACGCGAUGAUAGCGAUGCAUCGGAUGGGGGUCAAGACAUUCCGCCUCCAAAGGCUCCUGCAGCCAAGGGACCCGGCCCGGGCCAGCGUGUGCUAACAUCACCUCGGCCUGAACGGCGCCGCUCCGACAAGGUCGAAGUGUUGAGCGACGAGGAGGGCCCAGCCAUGCGCUUGACACAGGCGAACGUGGCAAAGGUGUCUGCAGCUGCUGCAGUGGCCGUGGGCGCUCCGGAGCCCGGUGAUGUUGACCCAGACUUGCGCAGCAUCUCUCCGAUUUCUACGCCUGGAGUUUUCCCUUGGCAAGCAGGAAAGAAGGCAAAGAAGAAGCCAAGGGCAGAGUCGCCAUGCAGUGCAGAUGCCCAGGUCCGCAAGAAGCGCAAGGGAGAGACAGGUAAAGCCACGAAG